AUGCUGGCAAGGAUCGCCGCAGCCAAGCAGUACGCCAAAGGCGCAGCCGCGCCCGCGGGCGCCACCACCGCCGUGGGCGACCGGCAGCAGCAGCAGCAGCAGCAGGCGGGGCCGUCGGCAGGGGAGUCGGCGGCGAGCGUGGAGGAGCGGCGCGCGGCGUGGGAAGCAGAGUUGCGGGAGAAGGAGCGGGCGGCGCGCGGGGACGGGUCGUACUCGGCGCUGCUGACUCAGCUCGAGGCGGGGCCGCAGCAGCCGCAGGAGCCAAACGGCGGGGACAAGCAGCUGGCCAGGCCCGACUUUUACACCAGCCCCGAGGGACCCGGCAUGGACACCCUUUGGGAGAACUCGGCCCGCGCCCAGGGGGCCGGACGCGGCAGCGCCACCCAGGC